UCAGCCUGGCAGUUACAUGUGUUUUUCUUCAAACUGGCUGCCAGGUUGGAAUGACCAAUGACAUCAGAGAUUCCAACCUUCCUGAUUGGAAGGACUGGACUCUGUGGGCGCCUGGGAGCUCAGGUGGACAACAGCAUCUUCUCAGAGCUGUUCUCCACUCCUGACUUCUCCCAGCCUCGAAAAUUGACAACACACUCUUCUGGGUCUUAGCAGAGUCCAGAAGAAGGCCUUGGACAGAACAGAGACUAGGUUCCGUGGGAUGGGACAGAUUUUGGGAAAGCUCAUGACCAGCCAUCAACCGCACCCCCAGGAUGAGGAGCAGAGCCCCCAGCCCAGCACCUCGGGGUACCCCCUCCAGGAGGUGGUGGAUGAUGAAGUGUCAGGACCAUCAGCCCCUGGGGUAGAUCCCAGCCCCCCAUGUAGGUCCUUUUGCUGGAAAAGGAAGAGGGAGUGGUUGGACAAAUGUGAGGAGGAGCCAGAGAAGAAGCUCACCCCCGAGCCUGAGGAGACCUGGGUGGUGGAGAUGCUGUGUGGGCUCAAGAUGAAGCUGAAGCAACAGCGAGUGUCACCCGUGCUCCCUGAGCACCACGAGGCCUUCAAUAAUCAGAUUGGUAGCAGGACACUGCAGGGAGCACCUCCAAUCCUGUUCUUCUAAAAAAGAGGAAACUUCCAAUAACCACUAUUUUCCAAUGGGAAAAAUAUGCCCCCAUUGGGUGAGCUCUCCAUGUGGGAGGACUCAGAAGUGAUCACUCAUGAGGGACGCUUAGGAGACAAUAGAGGAUUAGGCUAGACUUGAUAAAGGUCAGUGCUUGGGAUAAGAAAGCUUUGUUUUGGGCCAGGUGAGCUUACGCCUGAGAUACCAGCAUAUUGGGAGGCUGAGGCAAGGGGAUUGCUUGAAUUCAGGACUUUGAGGCUGCAGUAAACUAUGACUGCACCACUGCACUCCAGCCUGGGUGACAGAGCAAAACCCUGUCUCAAAAGAAAAACCAAGGCUGGGCACAGUAGCUCAUGCCUGUAAUCCCAGCUACUCAGGGGACUGAGAGGAGAAUUGCUUAAACCCGGGAGGCAGAGGUUGCAGUAAGCCAAGAUCACGCCAGUGCGUUCCAGCCUGGACCACAGAGCACGACUCUGUCUCAAAAUAAAUUAAUAAAUAAAAAUAAAAAUCAAAUAAAGAAAAACAAAAUCAAUAAACAAAGAAAG